AGGCUGCCCUGGGACCGGCCGGGACUAGGCUGACAGCAUCCAUGAGCUCCAACAUGGCUGCAGCUGUGCCGGCAGCUGUGGCUGCCUCCAGGAAGGAGUCUCCAGGCAGGUGGGGCCUGGGGGAGGAGCCAACAGGCGCGGGGCCCUCGCUCCAGUGCCGCGUGUGUGGCGACAGCAGCAGCGGGAAGCACUAUGGCAUCUACGCUUGCAACGGCUGCAGCGGCUUCUUCAAGAGGAGCGUGCGGCGGAGGCUCAUGUACAGGUGUCAGGUGGGGGCGGGAAUGUGCCCGGUGGACAAGGCUCACCGCAACCAGUGCCAGGCCUGCCGGCUGAAGAAGUGCCUGCAGGCGGGCAUGAACCAGGACGCCGUGCAGAAUGAGCGCCAGCCACGAAGCACCACCCAGGUCCGCCAGGACAGCAUGGAGUCGGACCCAGAGCCGCGGCUGGACCCCCUGGGGUCUCCCCCAGUGCCGGCAGGGCCCAGCUCCCGGGGCCCCACGCCUGUGUCUGCAGCCAGAGCCCUGGGGCCCCGGGCCCUCACACCUCCAGGGCACCACCACUUCAUGGCCAGCCUUAUAACGGCGGAAACCUGCGCUAAGCUGGAGCCCGAGGAUGCGGAUGAGAAUGUCGAUGUCACCAGCAAUGACCCCGAGUUCCCCUCGUCCCCACACUCCGCCUCCUCCCCCUGUGGCCUGGACAGCAUCCACGAGACAUCGGCUCGCCUGCUCUUCAUGGCUGUCAAGUGGGCCAAGAACCUGCCGGUGUUCUCCAACCUGCCCUUCCGGGACCAGGUGAUCCUGCUGGAAGAGGCGUGGAGUGAGCUCUUCCUCCUGGGGGCCAUACAGUGGUCUCUGCCCCUGAACAGCUGCCCACUGCUGGUCCCGCCCGAGGCCUCUGCUGCUGGCAGCUCCCAGGGCCGCCUGGCGCUGGCCAGUGCAGAGACUCGAAUCCUACAGGAGACCAUCUCGCGGUUCCGGGCACUGGCGGUGGACCCCACGGAGUUCGCGUGCAUGAAGGCCCUGGUCCUCUUCAAACCAGAAACGCGGGGCCUGAAGGACCCCGAGCACGUGGAGGCCUUGCAGGACCAGUCCCAGGUGAUGCUGAGCCAGCACAGCAAGGCCCACCACCCCAGCCAGCCCGUGAGGUUUGGGAAGUUGCUCCUGCUCCUGCCGUCUCUGAGGUUCGUCACGUCCGAGCGCGUUGAGCUCCUCUUUUUCCGCAAGACCAUCGGGAACACGCCGAUGGAGAAGCUCCUCUGUGAUAUGUUCAAAAACUAGUGGACGUGGAAGCGAAAUGGGUGCGACCACUUGGGAAAAGUCUCCUGAAGCUAAGCGUUUGCCUGCCCUUCGACCCAGAGAGCCCAGUCGUAGGCGCGUGCGCCUGGCAGAAACGCCCGUCAGAGGAUAGUGCACGC